GCUAUUGGAACGCCGCUCGAAUGGCCUGAAGCUAAGAAGGUCGCCAGUCAUGUGAGAUCUUGGGGUAUCGAACAACUACUGGCAAUCUGGCGAGACUACAAGGGCAAAGAAAGAGAUGCACUGCUAUGGGGAGAUGAGGUAGAUCACCAGUUGUAA